GGGGCGUAAGCACCGAUGGCACUCGAGGAUGGUGAUGGUGGUGGUGGUGAUGAAGGAGAAGGGGCAGGUGAUGAGGGACGGCGCGGGCGGCUGCGAGGGCGGGCAGGUGGGUAGGCACAGGUGGGCUGACGAGGCUGUUUUCUGUUUGCAGGUGAGGCGGGCUCGGAAGCGGUGGCCUGUCCGCUGUGCCGGGCUGUGGUGCCACGCACUGAGUUGCCCGCCCACCUCCGCCUCACUCCCGCCCGCGCCCGCAAGCCCACGCCCACGCCCUCCAGUGCCCCUUCUGCCUCAAGAAGUACUCCACUUGGAACUCCCUCAAGAAGCACAAGAGCGUAUACCACCGCGAACAGUCCUGGAACGCUCGGGGGUUUCAGCGGAUACUGGAGCGGGACAAGGAGAACACGUGAUAGGUGUGGCCCGGCCCCCCUCCCCUCCCUCCCACCACUCUUCCCCCAGCUGGUGCCGCUGCCCCGCCGUCGUUGCCGCCGCCGCAUCCGCCGCCGCAUCCGCCGCCGCCGCCGCCGCUCAUGUUGUCCUGUCAGGCCCACGUGGGCGACAAGUGCCAUGUUGUAACGCUUCUCUGCCAAAAGCAUAUUCCUAUUGGUGUGUCUUGAAGGCGCAACUAAACAUACUGAACCAUUGAACCUCAGAUUUAUGUUCAAAUGUUUCCACAGACUUGCCUUGCACAAGGCAAAUGUAACAAAAUAUUUCUUUCAUAUACUUUUAUGCAGAAUUAUUUUGUAUAAUAAGAUAGAAAUGUAAAUCUAAGUCCAAUAUUAGUUUUUGUUUUACUUUUUAAUAAGAGAAGCUAAAUGAUGAUGCAUGCGUGUCUAACGCAUUAGGAUACUAGUCGGCUUAGCAAGCUCUGCUAACUUUGUGUGUAACACGUAGAUGCUUUGUAACGAUCCUAGUGUAGCUCUAGUCCUACCUCAACAAUAAAUUGGAAAACUUAA